UUAUUUGCGGAAAUUGCGGAAUCGUCUAGUUUCAGGACAAAAAUAAUUAUAUGAAUUAUUUCAUUGACCAAUCCACCGUUAAAUUUAAGCUUUGAGCUUUAUUCAGAUUGAAUAAAGUAGUUUUUAAUUAGCAGUUCUGACGGUCGCUUAACUGAUGGAGAGAUAUAAAACAUACAGUGGUUUUGUAAUACGAUUAGGUUUAUAAGUUUGAGUAAGUUUUUAUGGGAUAUCGCUGUUAAGGUUGCCGCUAACUUGAUUUUAAUUUAUGAAUAGUGUUGUUCAGUCAUUGUUAUAAGAGUUCAAAAUGUCCAAUCAUCGUAAUAAAUACGAAAAAGCAAGAAGACGUCUCGCCGCUGUGACUUUUCUGUCCAACAUAUCUCUGGAUGGGACUUUCAAGGAUACGGAAUUAUGUCACGUCGUUAAGAAGAGCGAGAAAUCGGACACCAAGGCCGUUGAGCUGGUAAAUGGGGUGGAGAAGGAUAAAGGGCACGAGAGUGUCCGCCGCAAAGCGCCACAGAGCCCUGCGCACCGCGUCAUCGACAACCAUUCCGUGAGCUCGGACUCCGACCCCAACACAAGCAUCACUCCAGUCAAAGCUGUUACCAAUCAUGUGUUUAGAGAAAGAUGUUCAUCUGGGAAUCAAGAGUCAUUCAAAGAGAAACUUGCAGGGGCCUGGACCAAGAAAGUACACCUAUCAUCACUUACUGGCAUAAAUAUUGAUGAUAAGAGCAGUUCAGAAAGCUUGAAUUUUGGUCGCUUCCGCACAAGCAGUACAUGCAUCCCUGAAAACCAGGUUCACUCAAAGGAGUUGCGAUGCAUUCGUCCCUUAACCAAGGGAGUUUCGUUUAGAAAUGAAAGGCUGGCAUUUGCACCUGGUUUAGGUGUGCCAUGUGUUGUAUUCAGUACUAUACCAUAUUCAAAAACUGUCCGGAAUCCUCGUUCGGACCACAGAAAAGAUGGCGGCCGCCGUCGCAACACUUCCGCUUCCGCAAGACCACUCUCAGCGAUUACUGACAAUGGUGUUGAUCCUUUCGAUCUCCUUGGAUUGGAAAAAGAGGAAAACGGCCAAGAUAUCUCCUAUUCAAAACUGCUUGUACCAUCCAGAGUGUGUACCAGAGAACAAUACCGAAAGAUGUAUGAAGGUGACUUUAGUGACAAAGCUAAUUGGAAAAUUAUUAAUCGCCAUCCUCAUGUUAUAGCCAGAACUAAGUUAUUGACGAGGCACAAGGAUAAAAAAUGGUGCUUCUCCUACGAGUCGUCGCAGAGGCCCCAAAUGGCCGCGUCGCCGCCUUUGAGUACAGUUGAUAACAAAACAUUCGAUUGGGAGGAAGCAUCAUUACUGACGCCAAAAUAUGUGCAGUAUUGUCCUAACGUCCUAGACGACCCCGAGCUGAUCGCCGGCAAGCACAGGACGCUGCUUACGUUCACUUCCUACAUGACCUCUAUCAUCGACUAUGUCCGUCCACAAGACUUGAAGAAGGAACUCAAUGAUAAAUUCAGAGAGAAAUUCCCCCACCUAAAACUAACUCUUAGCAAAUUGAGAAGCAUUAAAAAGGAGAUGCGCAAGAUAGCGAAACAUGACAGUGGCGGCAUCGACUUAUUACCCGUCGCUCAAGCAUACGUCUACUUUGAAAAAUUGAUUCUGGCGAAUCUCAUUACGAAAGAUAAUAGAAAGUUAUGUGCUGGCGCCUGCUUGUUGCUGUCUGCUAAACUAAAUGACGUCAAAGGAGAAACAUUGAAGGCUUUAAUUGAGCGCAUCGAAACGACCUUCAGAGUGAACAGAAAGGACUUGAUGAAAUUCGAGUUCGCGGUCCUAGUAGCCCUCGAGUUCGGUCUGCACGUGCCGCCGUACGAGGUGUUCCCGCACUACCAGCGGCUGCUGCACGACUCGUGACCUUGGCGGCUGCCGUGCGCGCGCGCUCGCCGCCGCAGGUUGUCCGCCAGAGACAUCGACAAGUACUGCAGGGAGUACUGAGCGUGGAGUGUCUUGUACAACACGUGACCUCAACCUCAUGCUGUAAUACUACAUUGUAAUACAAGUGUGCUACGUGUACGUUGGUCAUUACACACGAGGCGAUAUUGUGCGCGAGAGCUGUAAGCGAGCGGAAAGUUGGUUUUCGCGAACUAGUGCUUUUUACUUUUCCAAUUUUUUUAAAUUUUUACUUGUUCCAAUUCAUGACUACUUAUUGAUGAGUGUUAAUAUUAGUUUCCUUUAAACGUCGUAAUCAACAUACCGUUAAUAAAACCUACUGUUAAUGUAAGAAUACGUAAAAUAUGCAUAUUUCAUAUUUUAUUACUUACCUCUUCAUCAUUAUAAGUAUUUUAACACGUUUAUUUUUUAAUGUUGAAAAACCGUUCUUAAUAAAUUGUCUGAAUGGAACGGAACGCCUGUCAAAGAAGAGGCGUAUUUUCUUACUUCAAGAAUGUUUUAAGUUUCCAAAGGCAACAUUAGAUAUUGUUUUUAUAAAUAUACGAUACACUAAUAAUCGUAAAUUUAAUUUAGGUAAUAAUAGUACAAUGUUUUAAUAUUUACAAUUGUUUCUGUCUUAUAGAACAUGCAUUUGAAAAAAAAACUUAUUGAAGUGGGUUCAAUAAUAAUAACAAAAUCUAUUCUAGUCGAAUAAAAGCUAGAAGAAAAACACCUCUUCAUAAUGUCAAUGAUGUCACAGAAUUAAUAAUAAAAAAGUUCCGAAUUCCAUUCUUGUUGCUUUUCUUAUUUUUUCGCAACUGUAUUAAAAAAACGUCGGUCGAUACACGUGCGGAAAUGUCAUUUUUCACUCGUCCCGCGUCUUGCCACUCGCCUACGGCUCGUGGCCAGAUAUCUCGGUACUCGUGAAGUAAUGACAUACUUUCCGCACUAGCAUCGAAAUGUACUAUUUUGGUAUUACAUUAACAGUAGGUUUUUAUGUUGAUUACGACGUUUAAAGGAAACUAAUAACACUCAUCAAUAAGUAGUCAUGAAUUGGAACAAGUAUAAAUUAAAAAAAAUUGGAAAAGUAAAAAGCACUAGUUUGAGAAAACCAACUUUCCGCACGCUAAACAGCUACGUAAGGUAGCACUUUUUGAGCAACUGUAUUAAAAAGAAACUUUCUUAUUAAUCAAAUUUGAAUUGUUUAAACAGUUAGUAUUGUGUGUUGCAUCUGUCAUACUGCCGGCCGCGCCUCUCCCUGCGCUGCCGGGGGCCACGGCGGGGCGCCGGCGGCCGCUAGUCCGUGUUGUCAUUUCUACUCGACCAAUUUAAGAAGGGUCCGUUUCCACGCAUAUUAUUAGCAAUCAAUUACCUUCUUAAGACAGUCGGAUUAUCAUUCAUUAGCUAACAAGUGCUAUAAUAUAAUGAAAAAGCACGCAUGUUUAAUAUUUAGGAUUAUGAGCCUAAAAGCGGUUCAAUAACUUCUACGUUACGAGCAAGUGUGUUGAAAAAGCAUAUUGUACACUUGUACCUUGUACAAGUACUUACUUGAGAGCAAUGAAGUCGGGUCACUUUGUAUUGAAGUUUUCAUACAUUGUUUCAUGUCGGUAUAAUAAUUAUCUACAUAUGUACUACAUAACAUACACACGCAGCUGUAAACUUUCAGAUCCACUUUAUUAAUGGAAUUCAUUCAUAAAGUGGGUCCAUGUACUUUUGCGGCUCCCUGUACAGCUGAACUACACUUUAAAUCAACAGAAAAGGUUGCUUCUGAAGUGACCCGUUUUCAUAGCUAUUGAAAGAAUAACCACACCAAGGCUAGUAAAUUUCAAACGUUUAAUGUAAUUCGGCUUUAAAUUAGCAAACGAAAUUUAGUUCGACUAGUACGUCGAUGAUAGAUAAGUUUUCUGUGAUUGUAUAAUGCACAAGUUAUCCUCAUGGCGCUCGCUGUUGGGCCCCACGUGCCUCUGUACGAGGCUGUUCCAGCUUGGCUACAGCCCUUGGUUGUCAGCCCAGUUGGGCUAGCAUAGGAGUAGGAGUGGCGCGACAAUAUGGCGCCCACGAGAUAGACUACCCUUCCCUCUUUAAUUAAUGCAGCUAGAAAAAGUACGUAGUCUAUAUCUCUUGAGCGAAAUACUGUCGCGCCCCUCCUUUAUUCUAGGUCUAGGCUUACAGCGGCCGAAAGCAGCUGUCUACUCGGCGGGGAGAAAGCAAGUAGUGAUUGAAUAUUUUCUUGCGCAAGAAUUGUAGACAUGUACUCCCGGCUGCAAAAGUGCAUACCCACUUUAUGAAUGAAUUACAUCUAUAAAGUGGAUAUGCACUUUUGCAGCUGUGUGUUCAUGUAGAUUCUCUCGCAUCUUAUAGCUUAUUGGAUUAUCAGUAUGCAUGUAGCACCAAAAGGUAUGGAUGGAGUUAUAGACGGUUCGACGUCGUAAGUCUAUGAUAGAUAAGUAAUGUGCUGUGAUUUUAGGAAGAGAGUUUCAUUUUAAAGAUAUAUAUUUAUUUACCGAACGACGGCUACAUGCAAAGAAGCAUCUUUAGCUGGUGAGUGGAACCCAUAUCAGUUGACGUAGCCAAGUUGAGAAACGAUUUACAAUUACUGUCACCUUGGCUAAGCCUCGACGGGGGGUAUUCAGAUUUUACAAUCUGUCAAAGUUUUCAUAUUGUUAUGAUACGAUCUUAAUACGACUCUGUUAUUUUGCGCGCACCAAUCAGCGCGAAUUUGUCAUAUCAUCAAAACCUUAACAAAUUUUAAAAUCAGGGUACCGCUCCAGAUAUCUGAGUAAAAUAUCCAAAAUCAUGUUAGUAAUUUAGUUAAAUUAUUUUUCCUGUUACGCAUAGGUUUCCUGUAGACACCGAAACGGAUUUAAGGUUUAAUUUAUUAUGCAUUGUUAUUUAUUUCAAGUAUGUACAUAUUUACGUGAAAUGAUUAUAGUAUGUAGGUAUGUACAUUAUUUUCACAGUAUUUCAAUGAUCGAAUUUAAACUGUUGUGAGAAAUACUAACAUUAAAUAAUCCGAAACAUGUCGUGCGAGUGACUAAAACAAGUGAGUCUAAACCGUGAAAUUAUUUAAUGAUAGUAUUUCAAUGGACCACUUCUGCUACACAAUUAUUUUAUUUAAUCUAGGAAAAAUGCUGUCGACUUCUAUUCUAACCGAGAGCUGCAUAUUUUUUUAUUCUUCAACAAAUGCGCAUAGCUACUACUUGAUUUUAUAAACUUAAGCAUCUUGUAAGCUCUAACGAAACCUUUUUAAAUCUAUGACACAAUUUAAUUAAGUAGGUGCUGCACACAACAGCGAGUAAGACUCGCUCUUGCCGUUUAGCUAGUUAUAAGUACUUAAGUAGUUUUAAGGGUUUUCCUAGUAUUCACCAAAUUUUAUCUAGUUAUAAUUAAAAUCAAAAUACAUUUAUUUCAGAUAACCAGAGAUCUAUACAUGUAAAGAUAAAAUAACAUUUUGAAAACCACAAUAAUAAAUAAUUCAAACAAAAUAAUAUCACAAACAAUUAAAAUUAUUAAAAUUAAAAUGAAUAUAUUAAAUUAAAACAGACACAUUAAAACAAAAUAAAACUUAAAAUUAAAAUCCCAGUCAGGUACAUUAAUUAAACAAUUUUUCAUAAGACACACACCCCUUCAGACUGUCUACUCACUGUUUUUGUAUAUGACAGUAUAGCACAUCCUUUCGGCAAUGACUUUUAGAAUGCUAUUGUGACUACCUAUUAUACUUACUUUACUCUUUGAUUGUGACUAUCCCUCAAUUGCCUCUGCAUCGACGCGUACUUUUUGCGCAUAAUGGCGUGAAAACCAUCAACGCGAGCGCCUACAAACAUACCUGAGGCGCUGUAACGGCGGGGCAGUCUCAUUAGCAUAUUUAAACCUCAUUAUAAUAAUUUUAAACUUAGGGAGUCAUUAGUUAAAAUAAGUAAGGCGGUGUAUCGAGUAAUUCCAAAUACAGUCAAGUGGGAUAACAGGGGACAGGAGGGAGUAACUUUUGACAACGCAAAUAUUCUCCAAUUUAAAUCAGGAUUUAUCAGUCUUAGGGUCAAGUUUUCAACUAGCUAGAUUAGUUUAUUAGUAAAAAAAUAGUCUAAACUUAUUUCUCUGGCCCCAGUUAUCCCACUUGACGGUACAAAGUGAUAUAAUUAUGAAUUAUUUUCAUAUUCGGUUUUCGUAUUCGCUUCAGAAUGUCGGGUAAAUUCUGAACCGAAUACGAAAACCGAUACGAAUUAGGCCUUUUGUGUAACUUGAAAAUAGGUACAGUCGCCAUCAGGGGCCCGUUUCUCAAAGCUUGUAACUUGUAAUACAAGCGGAUGUCACUUUUUGACAGUUUUUGUUAGAAAGGGACUUCCACGUGUAUUACAAGCUACAAGCUUUUGAUAAACGGGCCCCAGGUGUAUCAUUAUUGUAAUUUGUACCUCCCUAUUAGUGUCAUUUGUGACGGCAUUAAGAGUGCACGUUGUAAUAUUUUUGAACUGUGUUAUACAAAUAACUACGCUUAUAUUUGAUGACGUCUGUAACUAGGACCUACUGAAUACACCCAUUUUAUAGUAUAGGUACUUGCCACGGUAUUAAAGUAAUGUAUCAAUCUUUGCCAAGUAGUCAAUUAUAAAGUGGGUCUACCGCGAACAUCGAAAAUCUAGAUAUCUGCCCCUCUAUCCUCUCUAUUUUGUAGUCUUUUUUUUGCUUUAAAUUAUUUCUUUGAUUAUGUCACUUUAUGCUUUACUACUUUUACACCAGAAUAAUUUUUUUAUGACAUAAUGACAUAGAACUAGGCAUUCCUAUUUAAAGUUGUACCCCCAACUCGCAUUUUUGAUUUUGAAUUUUUUAUACUUUUUCUAUCAGAAUCACGAGCUCUUUCGAUCCUAAUACGAGAAAAAAAGUGUCCUCAAAAUUUCGUACAAUUUUUUUUGUACAUUUUGUCACGGUCAUAGAAGGUUGUAUAGAAAACCGUAACCAAAGUGACCAAAAAUUUAGGGGACACUUUUUCUCAGUAAAAAUGAAAAAAGCUCGUGAUUCUCAGUAGAAAUAAUAUAAAAAUUCCCAAUUUAAACACAAAAUUUUUUGGUAAAACCUUAAAUAGGAAUGCCCAACUCUUAAUGAUACCCUACUGAAAAAUAUAUACAAUAAUAGCUAUUUAUGCAACAAGUGCGGAAUGUGUAUGAUUUCCGACGAGUGGAAUUUUAUUCACGAGCGAGCAAAGCGAGCCAGUGUAUAAAGGAAUACGAGUCGGAAAUCAUCUUUACGCACGUGUAUCAUACAAUGUUUUACUAUGCAUUGUGCGAGUAAAUAAAAAACAUAUCAUGGCAAAUAAGUUUAAUUAUUAAAAAAAUUAAAACAAAGAGCACUAGUGCGGAAAAGUGCUUUUUUCCGCACUAGUGCAAGAAAGUAGCGCCAUAUGUACUGUAAAAAAAAAUUGAAAACAAAAAGCACUAGUGCGGAAAAGUAGUACUUUCCGCAUGAUAUGGCUCCGUAGGAAACGCACUUUUCGAGCACAUGCAUUGUAAAUAUGUUUACAGUACAUAUGGUGCUACUUUCUCGCACUAGUGCGUCAAAUAGCACUUUUCGUGCAUAUGUCGAAAGUUUAAAGGUCCAUAUGUACUGUAAAACGUUGUACGAUACACGUGCGAAUAGGUAUUUAUUAAUUUCCUUUUUUCCGCACUUAUCGUUAAUAACUAUUACAUUACAUAUGGUGCUACUUUCCCGCACUAGUGCGGGAAUAAGCACUAUGUCGAAUAUUUAAAAGGCCAUAUAUGUAGGUACUGUAAAACUUUGUACGAUACACGUGCGAAUAGGUAAUUCGCAAUUCGUGUCGAUUUAAAACACUCCCUUCGGUCGUGUUUUAAUUUAUAACCACUUGUUUCGAAUUACCUACUUACGCACUUGUAUCGUAUAUAACUAUUAUGUAUUUUCGUUUUGAGAGAACAAGGCCUAAAAUUAGCUCAAAAUUUAUAUAUGUACAAAAUUGAUAUACCUGUAAGGUUCCAAGGUUCAUUUAUAGCGAUUAGCGAUGGUCGCCGUGCCGCCAAGGCUAGAACUGGUUUAAGUAGCUUGGAAUUGGUAUUUUAACAUAGGUACUAUAUAUUGAACUAGCUUACAAUUUUAAUAUGUAAUGUGUAAUGUUUAUGGAACUGUGAUAAAUAGUGAAAUUAUUAGAGAUACACUAACAAAAAAAUAUAUUAUUAAGUUUGUGCAAAAUUUAAUUAAGCUACCAGAAAAAGCAUUUUUAAAGCAUGUAUGUAAUAAUAUAAUUUUAAUUCUGAU